AUGGAGGGUGUAGACGCAAAAAUUGAAGAAAUCGAGACUUUUUGUGAUCAAUAUUUUGAGAACUUUCCGACAAAAAGUGACGAGGAUCGUUGUGUCGAUGUGAAGAGUCGAGUCCAAGAGUUGCUUCAGAGUUUAAACCAAAAGGAUAAAGGGAAUUUCGAUGUGUCUUUAUUGCUGUUGAAGGGACGAAUUUCGAAUUUAUGCAUUGAUUAUAGUGGAGAAUGCGAAGAACUAUUGGCACAAUACGUGAAACUAAAGCCAUCCGAUCCUCGAGGAUGGACAGAGCUCGGGAAUUGUCUACUCAAAAAGCCGGAUGUUGAAUACGCGCUUGAAUGUUUAGAGUGUGGAUAUGAGUUUUGCAAAUCGGCUGAACUAUUGAGCCUUCUUGCUACAGUGAUCCGGUUCACACUUGGAACGAUUACCGAUAAGAAACUCGCGGCUCAAGCUAGAGCGGCUUUGCUUUCGCUCGCAAAUGCUCGUUUUGGAAGUUUCUUUCAUUUGGAGAAAAACCAUUUUGAAACACUUGAAAACGCAACGGAUGCUUAUCAAAAAGCACUCAAAAAUCGUCGAACUGGCUAUGAUCCGGCUCUUCAUCUAAAUCUUGCCACAGCUUACAGAUAUCUAGAUAAAUAUGCGGAAGCGAUAAUUCAUUUGAAAAGAGCUCACGUCUUGGAGCCUUUCUCUCCAAUUGCUAUGGAUCGACUCAAAUCUCUCAACAAGAUCAUUUUGUCUAUUUCAAAGGGCAUCACCAAGCAUAGUAAAAUUUCGAUUUUUGAAACUUCAAAGAGAAUAGACGUAAAUAAGACAAAAGAAAGUCUACUGCUAGAUUUUGGUGCACCACUUUCCCAUGAGUCGAUCGGCUUAUUGAAACCGGGGACAAACGAUGGAUUGUAUACAGUGGGGAGAAUUGUAACCAAUGUGGCAUCAUCGGAAGAUGUGCCAAGAGUUUUCCUUGUGAUUGAUGAAAGUGGCUUUUGCGCUGCAAUCUCAAUAUACAAUUGCUCGAAUCAUUUCCAACUCUCUAUCGGUGACGAAUUGACAAUCGCUAAUCCACUGCUGAAUGUGAUUGAGAAUGUUGAAGUGGAAAUGGAUGAGAAGCAAGUGCUGAAUGCGUCAUUUCAUUCAAUCCGAGUUGCGUCCCCGUUGUACAUUCUACGAAACGGUCAAAAAGUGAAAUCCACUGAAAUCGCGAUAGCGACAGUCGCUUUCACCAAUCAUGCUGAAACU